CUACGCCUGUUAAGCUCAGGAAAUGAGACCUCGGAAUCUAUGAUAGUUUGUUGGUCGUUAUAGAUUGCCUCACAUGGGAUUCAGACCAUCCAGCUAUGUUUGGCUCUUCCGGCUAAGUAGCGUUACCGGCAAACUGCGUCUGCCCGCGGCUUCCUGCUUCCGCGUUGCGCCGACAUUGCGCACUGGUUUCCCUCUGCAGUUUGCACGAAAACUCACGAUGCAGCGGGGGCAAAACGUAACCAGCGGCGGCAGCUGGGGCGAGAGGGAGGCGGACAGAGCGGACGAACCCGGGCCGGUUCUCUUCAGAAACAUUCCCACUAUUGGCACACAAAGCGCGGGGACGCCGGUGGACAAGAAACGAGCGGCACUUAGUGUUGGUGAGAGAAGCGCGAGGACUCCCAGUCCUCUGUGCGGGGCCAACUGUGAUGACGAUUCGGAGGCAGAGUCCUUCCGGGAUGGGAGAACGGAGGACGUGGACCGGGACACGAGGGUCAGGGCGUUUGCGUGGUGCCGAGACUUUCUGUCGGGGCGAUGGAAAACUAUUCAAGAGGACGAGUUUCAAAUCAGCAUCAUCAGUGGCGGAUUGAGUAAUCUGCUGUACUUGUGCAGUUUGCCUGACCAUGUGCAGCCUGUGGGGGAGGAACCCCACCAGGUGCUCCUCAGGAUCUAUGGGGCCAUCCUCCAGGGAGUGGAUUCUCUGGUGUUGGAGAGUGUGAUGUUUGCAAUCCUUGCAGAACGAACUCUGGGUCCAAGACUCUAUGGCAUCUUCCCAGAGGGACGCUUAGAGCAGUACAUUACGAAUACCCGUAUGCACACGGAGCAACUUUCUCAUCCAACAGUCUCAGCAGAAAUUGCCACCAAGUUGGCACGUUUCCAUGAAAUGCGUAUGCCCUUCAACAAAGAACCAAAGUGGCUGUUUGGAACCAUUGACAAAUACAUGGAUCAAGUGAUGAAGCUGCAUUUUGUGCGGGAAGCUCACCAGAAGAAAUACAAAAAGCUGAUGAAGUUUGACCUGCCUGCUGAGUUGGAGAGCCUGCGUGCAUUGCUGGCAGCAACUCCAUCACCUGUGGUGUUUUGCCACAAUGACGUCCAGGAAGGUAACAUCCUGAUCCUCGAUGACAAGGACAAAACCUCAACAGACAGACUGAUGCUGAUUGACUUUGAAUACAGCAGUUACAACUACAGGGGUUUUGACUUUGGCAACCAUUUCUGUGAGUGGAUCUAUGAUUACACCUACAAUCAGUGGCCUUUCUACAAAGCCACACCGGAAAAUUACCCCACCAGAGAGCAGCAGCUUCACUUCAUCAGGAAUUAUUUGGCAGAACAGAGAAGACACUCCAACGACACAGUCGACCAGACACAGAUUGAAGAGGACAUGAUCAUUGAAGCUAACAGAUAUGCAUUGGCCUCGCACUUCCUCUGGGGUUUGUGGUCCAUCAUUCAAGCCAAGAUAUCCAAGAUUGAAUUUGGAUACAUGGACUACGCUCAGUGUCGCUUUGAUGCCUACUUCAAGCAGAAAAAGCUCUUCUCCUAAAGUCCCCCCUGUCAGUCAGAAUGGACUAACUUGUGUUUCUCAUGAUCAGUGUUUUGUCUGUUGAAUGUAAUUAAAGUCCAGGCCUAUGCAACGCUGCUUACGAUGACCAGCGCUGGGUGAAAGGUUAACAUUUCUGUCGCGUACUUGCAAACAUAUGAAUUGACCUGUCUCUGUGAGAGCAGAGUCGGCUCUACGGCACUGAAGGUUGUUAAGUAGUCGACAGCCCAGCACCGGCCAGGCUCGGCUCCUUUACUUUUUGAAGUUUAUCACUUUUUCAGGCGCACCAAACUUUUAUGGACCACGUGUUGACAUUGUUAUCUUUUACUUUUUGUAAGACGUAGCUGUAUCAGGUUAAACUACUGAUUAGCAUCCAGACUUCAGCAUCUCAAACCUGGAGCUUUUAGUUUAGCAUGAAAGGCAUUUGUAUUACUCUCUUCUUUUAUAUUUUUAGUCCUGCUACCUCACGUCUAACCUCAUUCUACAUUUGAGUGGAGAGAUUCCAUAGGAGCUUGUUCUAAUAGUCUUGACUGGAAAGAAGGAAACUGUUAACACAGUCAUUAGCUCCUUUAUCUGCUGCAAGUGAGAUAAACUUACUUCCCAGUGUCAAUGGUCCAGUAAAAUAGAGUUACAACCAUGCAUACAUUCAGUAAACCCUUACAUAACAUUAUAGUGUUGAUUUAAUAAUUAGAACACUAACAGUUUAGGUAACUUUUCUGUACUGGAUUUAAGUUUAAACUGUAAAUAUUUGAAGCACUGUUCCGUCCUUCUCAUCCGUGCAUCAUUCUUUUGUGUGUUAAAAUGUUUUCUCUUUUGGGCUUUGCUUGUUUUUUUUUCUAAUUUUAAGCACAGUAACUUUAACUCUUUGCCUGUUGUAUUAGUUCAACUAAACUUUCCCAAUGGCACAUGUCUGUAACCAUGUAUUGCCUAUAUUACAUCUAACAGUAGUUGGAAUGUCUGUUAUCUAAAGUUGCAAUUUUCCUGAAUCCAUCUGAAUGUGAUAUUUUUAACAGUAUUUACUUUAAUAUGAAUAACCUUAACAUUUCAUGUCUUUGUUUCAUCUCAGAGGUAGAGUAAAACCUAAGCUGUGCUACUUUCUACUCUACAUCUGCUGAUACCCCUGCACCCUGUUGAAACUUGUUCAUAUGACAAAACUAAAUCAUAAUUAAAAAUAAAUAAAUAAAUAAAUAAAUAAAGCUUAGGAACAUGA